AUGGAUCCCGAAGCAGCUCGCGAGCUGCUCGACUACCUACGAUCAUGUUACCCGGUCAUCCUCCUCCUCCUCUUCGUCGUGGCUUUUGUCGCCAAUACUAUGGUCAUCGCUCGCAAUGCGAACCAGGAAGAUGCAGAGAAUGUCGGUCCUGGUGGACGUGCUCUCCCCCGACGGGCCCGUAGCUCUUCCCUGAAGAAGACGCAGAGUUUCUCCCGGACCGUCAAGCAUUGCUUCAACUGGCUCUCAGUUGGAGUUCUACUGACAUUCCUCGCCGAUGCCUCCAUCUAUAUUACCCAUGUGGUGCUUGCUAGAUCGGAGCAAUGGUGGCGGGGUCAGUCGGUGGUGAUCUACAUCGUCGGCUCUUUUUUCGACUACGCUGUCAUUCUCAUGACCCUACUCGAUACUACCCCAUCCCCUACUCCCGCUCAACUCGUUUGCUGGUCCGUCGCCAUCCCCAUCGAAUUGGUUAUCCUGGGCACCUCCCUGUCGUUUUAUACCUCGCCCCACCAUGAACCCAUUGUUGGAGAUCCCAAGGGCGGUCGACUUCGUAGGAGUAUGACCGCCUGGGAGAGUAUGGAGGUAGUCUCCAACAGUAUCCGUAUAUUCUUCCUCUUCGCCUUGGUCCUCCUUUACGUCUGCAACUCCAUCAACUUCAAGAGUCAUGAUGAGCAUGCCCAUCGCGGUGUGAAUGGUGCUUCCGAAACCACCGGGCUUCUGGAUCCCGCCGGAGCAGAGAAUGGUCAUACCGAUGGCCACACCAAUGGCCACACUUACGGCUCGACAAAUGGGGCUCCUCGCUCAGAAGCGAAACCCCAAGAUCCCUGGGUACGCCCAACAACGAUGCCCUCUACAAGUUGGUGGGAAUAUCUUAGGGGUUACUCCCUGUUCUUCCCAUAUCUGUGGCCAUCCAAGUCGCGGCGUCUUCAGAUCGUCGUGGUGGCUUGCUUCACCCUGGUGAUCCUUCAGCGAGUUGUCAAUGUUUUGGUCCCGAUACAAGUCGGAAAUAUCACAACAGCUCUGGUGGACCAGCAAGGGUCAAGCUCAUUCCACGUCCCGUGGAUUGAAAUCUUUUUAUACGUCUUCUCUCGAUGGCUCCAGGGUGGCCAGGGAUCGCUGAGUUCUUUGCGCUCCAGCCUCUGGAUUCCGGUCAGUCAGUAUUCUUAUAUGGAGCUUUCCACCGCUGCCUUUGAGCACGUUCAUGGGUUGAGUCUGGACUUCCAUUUGGGAAAGAAGACUGGUGAAGUGCUUUCGGCACUGAGCAAGGGCAGCUCCAUCAAUACGUUUUUGGAACAAGUCACAUUCCAGGUUGUCCCCAUGUUGUUCGAUCUGAUCAUCGCUAUUGGGUAUUUCCUGAUUUAUUUCGAUGUCUACUACGCCCUAGUUGUCGGAAUUUCCACUUUUGGCUAUCUUUAUGUCACCGUUCGCAUGGCGCAGUGGAGAGCUGAGAUCAGAAGACAAAUGGUCAAUGCUUCCAGGCAAGAGGAUGCUGUCAAGAACGAUUCAAUGGUGUCUUAUGAAACGGUGAAGUACUUCAACGCGGAGCAAUACGAAUUCAACCGAUACCGUGACGCCGUUCAUGAGUAUCAAAAGGCGGAAUACCAUGUUCUAUUCUCACUGACACUACUCAACACCUGUCAGAACACUGUCUUCAUGAUUGGUCUACUCCUCACUUGUUUCAUCGCCGCUUACCAGGUUGCAACUGGCCAGCAGGAUGUUGGCCGUUUUGUAUCUCUGUUGAUCUACAUGGCCCAACUGCAAGGCCCCUUGAACUUCUUCGGCACUUUCUACCGCUCCAUUCAAUCUGCCCUGAUCAAUGCUGAGCGUAUGCUGGAGCUUUUCCGGGAACAGCCUACUGUGGUUGACAACGAAUGUGCCACCCCGUUGAGUAUGUGCAAGGGUGACAUCAGGUUCCAGAAUGUUGAGUUCGCUUAUGACGCACGGAAGCCUGCGUUGAAUCAGUUGUCAUUCCACUGCGAACCAGGAACUACCACCGCCUUGGUUGGAGAAUCUGGCGGAGGCAAGUCAACUGUGUUCCGACUCUUGUUCCGCUUUUACAAUGCCGAGAAGGGCUCAUUGCGUGUCGACGGCCAUGAUGUCCAAGACAUCACCAUCGAUUCUUUGCGUCAACAUAUUGGAGUGGUUCCGCAAGAUACAGUGCUAUUCAACGAGACACUGAUGUAUAACCUGAAGUACGCGAACCCGGGCGUUUCUGAUGAAGCUGUCUACCAGGCCUGCCGUGCCGCUAGCAUCCAUGACAAAAUUAUGGCAUUCCCGGAUGGCUACAGCACCAAGGUCGGAGAGCGUGGUCUUCGACUCAGUGGCGGUGAGAAACAGCGUGUCGCGAUCGCCCGUACUAUUCUCAAAAACCCUCGAAUUAUUCUUCUUGACGAAGCGACUGCGGCACUUGAUACCGAUACGGAAGAGCAUAUCCAGCGGGCGCUCUCCACUCUCUCUCAUGGCCGAACUAUGCUCGUCAUUGCCCACCGUCUCAGUACCAUCACGACAGCGGAUAAGAUCCUUGUCCUGGCGGACGGCCAAGUUUCCGAGAGCGGUACUCAUGAGGAGCUCCUGGCCUUGAAGGGUCGUUACGCCAGUAUGUGGCGGAAGCAAAUUCGGGCACAGAAAGCCGCUGCAGAGGCCCAAGUCCUUCAAGACCGUGCGGAGCGUAUACGAAACGCAACCAAUAGCGACGAUAGCUCCAGUCAAUCGGACGAAGACCGGAAUGGCAGCGCCCGUCCCGCUCACUAA